UUCGCAUGUAUAAAUUACUAGAAAUUGUACUGUACGGCACAUGGUAUUUUUGAUGUAUAAACUUUGUCUCUUUAUAAAUUACACUGCGAAUGUAAACAAAUGUAAACAAUGAGCGACAGCGAUGACGAUCAGCCGCAAUUGAGUUCGAGUACGCUUGCCGCGCUGCAAGAAUUCCUGAAGGAAAAGGAAGAGCGAGAGAAUUUGCUGAAACGCAUAUCUGAGGAGGAUCAGGUGCCGGAUACUCCCUUCGACGAGGACUGGCAACUGAGCCAAUUUUGGUACAAUGACGAUACGAUAGAGGCUUUUGUUCAAGGUGCUUUAAACUCCACACCAACAAAUGGAAGGAUCGCUCUGGUCUCUUGUCCGACGCUUUAUAGUAGAUUGAAGAGGGAGUGCGGUGAACGGCAAAUCAGGCUGUUUGAAUAUGACAGUCGUUUCAAGAUAUUCGGUGCAGAUUUUAUACAGUAUGACUACAAGUUUCCUCUGGAUGUGCCCAGGAACAUGUCUAGUCAAUUUGACCUGGUUAUAGCUGAUCCACCGUUUCUUUCAGAGGAGUGUCUAACGAAAUCGGCGGUGACAAUAAAAUUUCUGACUAAGAGAAAUAUUGUACUCUGCACAGGUGCUAUUAUGGCGGAACUGGCAGAGAGACUGUUGGAUGUCAGAAAAUGUGAUUUUAUUCCAGGUCAUAAGAACAAUUUGGCAAACGAAUUUUACUGUUACUCAAAUUUUAAUUUUGACAAAAAUUUGAAAUGAGAGCAAACAGUAUUAGGAACAAUUCGAACAAAUACAUAUGUGAUAAAUAUACGUAAAUGUUAAUAAUUUCUUUUAUAUUUUCUCAAGAACCAAUUGCUUGUAAGCUAAAGGUUGAAAAAUUAAUUACAAUAGAUGAUACUGAAAUAUUAUUGGAUAUAAAAAGAUUCCAUGAUUUUCAUAAUUAAUGUACAUAGAAGGAUUCUAUAAAAACUUAUCUUUCAACAAUACAAUUCUCUUAUUUUAUAUUCAUUGACUCUUGCUCUCUUUUCAUUCAGACUGUAUAAUAAAUUGUAUAAUUGAAAGUGUUCUUUUAUAACUAAAGGUUCAACUUAAAGAAGUAAAAACGAAUUACAUGACUAUUCAGAUAUAUCUUUUAACAAAAGAUAUUUUGUUAUUAAAAUUGUCAAAAUACUAAAUAAUAUUCUUAUUUUGA